AUGCAGUGUCCGGAAUCCCUCCGAACAGCUUGUAACCAUCCUGACUCUCUAUUCGCCCUCACAGACGAAGAGCUUGUGCGUCUGGUACAUAGAGAAUUCUCCGACGACCUCGAUCGUCUUAAAAGAGCCUACUCCAUUCGAGAUGGGGAGGUAGGUGGGGACCAGCUUCCGUCACCUUCAUACAUUCUAUACCAAGACAAUUACGACGAGGUCAACCGGACACUCGUAGGUUUUUUGGCUCUGCGGUGGAUCCAUACUGGACAAUAUGAGAGGUUCAUCGGAUCACAGCCUCUCGAUCACCGCUUAAGCCGGGAAUCAUUCGAGUGGAUUCAUCGCUUCUACGCAGAGACCAUCACUGAUACGAACACUCUCUACGCCUUGAUCACUUCGAUUAUAACGAAUGAUCUGGGGAAAGACCCAAAGCUGACAUCUGACUACUACAACCUGACUGGGAUCGAUAUCUCCCAUCUCAAUCACGAUGCUAUUCUCCUCAAGGCCUGUGAAGCUGGUAUGAUCACGUCACUAAACCAACUUCCAUUAUUGGAAAAAGAAUCUCUAUUACUUGGAAUAAGGCUCGGUGCUUAUCUCAAUUUUGGUCAACUUGGUCAGGCUGAGAAUGCCCCCGUUUGUCUCUCGGUUCUAUCUCGCCACGACGCAGAUCUACGCCAUCACAGCUUUCAGCUUCGUUUCAUGGAGCAACUGCUUGAUAUAGCCGGUGCUGCGGGUCAUAUGAACUGGAGUUGUGCAAAAAAGCUCAAUCAGCCAAUUUUCCAAUCGUACCUGAGUGUAUUCUAUGCAUGCAAGGGUGUUCUCAGCGGCGCUCUGACUGUUCGCGAAGGAUAUGACUUGGUCCUUUCUCGUCGGGCAGAAUUUAUCCACCAGAAGGGCUUUCGACUGCUCCGAGUGAAAGAAGAUCGGUACGAACGGGGCUUGAUGCGACUACUGUGCAUGGGUAAUGCCACAACAAAAGACGCGGCUAAUACAUUCGAGGCUGCGUUGGGAUCUCUCGAGCAGUCAAUUAGAGAUGCUCUUUUGCGUGCCCUCGAUGUUGACGGCUCAGUGGGCGAACCCGCAGUUCAGCCAACGUAUAUGCCUGCUUUUUUCGGUUAUAUGAAAGACAAGCGGGCGCUGAUCUGCGCGCUCGAAUAUCUUUGUCGUGUUAUGAGCACAAAACCCGUGGUUGAUCGCUCAGCUGUGCUUGUUGAGCGGAGCGUGCUGGGAGUACUCAAGCAACAUGUUGACAGUAUGGAGUUUACGGAGGAUCCUACAACUUUGGAGGGAAUUAGUGUGCCUGACGAUGCUGUUGCUAUGACUGAGACGACUUCGCAAACUUUAUCUAUAUAG